AUGACCACUUUACAGACGUACGCAGUCUCGAUCUUCCAAGCGCUGGACGCACCGUUGGACAAGUACCGGGCGACGCUGAUCUUGGGCUUAGUACAGCUGGUCGGCGCGAGCGUUUGCGUGGUGCUUGUGCGCAUCACCGGCAAGCGGACCCUCACCCUGGUGUCCACUGCUGGGGCGGCGGCCUGCUGCCUUCUGCUCGCCGCCUACGACUUGCACAUGAAACUGCACGCCAGGCCGCACCAAGCGCUGCUGGUGAACGGGAGCUUAGAAGAGAACCGGACGCUGUUAGAUGACCCAGCUACCCCUGACACUGUGAAUAACCCGUACUCCUGGAUCCCGACAUCCUUGUUGAUGCUACUGGCGUUUAUCACGCACACCGGCAUCAGGCUGCUACCUUGGAUCCUUAUUGGAGAGGUGUUCAGUGCUAAGACGCGCUCGGGAGGCGCCGGGUUGGCCAGUGCCGUGGGCUACGUGUUCGGUUUUCUCACCAAUAAGAUCUACAUCAGCAUGGUAGAUGUGCUCUCCAUAUGGGGCACCUACGGCUUCUACGGUCUGAUCUGUCUGAUGGGGAGCGUGGUCUUCUUCUUUAUAUUGCCCGAGACGGAGGGAAAGAAGCUGAACGACAUCGAGAACCAUUUCGCUGGUAUGAAAAAACUGACCAACGAAGUCUACCGUUCGCAGAAGCGGUCCACAGUUGAAGUGUCAAAAAUGCACAACCUGAAAGGCGCCACCAAUCCCACGUUUGUAGGAGACAACACCAAUCUUUGA